AAGCCAUAGUUGAUAUUUUGAGUUAGUUUGCAAUGUUUAGUUCCAGAAUGUCUCCUGAACUUAUGCAGCCAUCACAUAGAUUUGUUAAAUUUCAACACCAGCACACUUAAUUUAACAUCAUAAAGCACUGAUUAACAAAACUAGGUGAUGAAUAAUAACUACAAAAAAUACUGGGCUGGAAAGGUUUGGAAAUGGUUAAACAGAAACACAGAGACAUACAUAAAAUCACUACUUAUUGCAUUAAUGCAAUGAUUUCUUAAACAUUUGCCAUGCUCAAACGUACCUAUUUCCACAUUAACACAACAUAUAUUGAUUGAAUGUAAAAACUUUAAUUUGAAGAUAAAUAUAAUAAUUUAUCUGUGACCGUGAGUUUUACUUUCCAUCCUGCUAUAACAACUUAUUUAAUGAUAAAAAUGAAUGUAAUCAUGUAUGUCUUUAGGGUAGCUAAAUUCAAAGGCUGGUAAAUUUUGUUGUUAAUAUUGAUAGUUUGUUGUUUUCCUAACCAGCUGUGUUUAUGUCCACGCUGUCACUCAAAAUGGAGUAAAACAGAUUUUUUAGUUAAAUGUCCAUUGGUAAUUAAGUUUUCAUUGUAAAAUAAAAAAUACCUGUAUUAGUAGGUCUAAUGUUGAUAACAAGCCGUGUCCACCCUGUCAUAUUCUCCUCUGUCACAGGUUCAGUGUGAUGGGCUUGUACUUCUUGUUAUUUGGCACAAAAUAUAAAUAUGCUUCCUGAGGUGGGAUAUCUGUAAGAGCAGAAUGUAACUGAAACUACUAAUGAUAAAAAAGUCAAAUCAGCAAAUGCAAAAUAACAACGACAGAAGGAGGAAACCCCCCAAAAAAUACAGUGUAAAUCGGGAAAAUAACAGAGAAAGCUUGAAAACAUGUGGUUUGUUGCUCAUCCAGAAAAUGAUGAUGAGAAUUGCAAGAGAAGGACAAGGAAACAAGAAACUCUGUAUGUACAUGGACGAGAUGCUUCACAGCAUUUUCUUCCUGGGACACAUCUAUGAACACCGUUUGACUCCCAGAGAAUUUUUCAGUCUUCCCAAAGUCCUUGAAACUGUGAGCAGCAGUUUUUCUGAGCCAUUUAAGAAGUACAGCAGUCACCUGCCAACUCGCACACCCUUUUCCAUUCUGCUGGACAUGAUGGAGAUACUGUAUUCCACUAAAAGACUCAAAGAGGAACUUCUGCAUCUGCUAAAGGAGAUGAAAUUCCCAAACCCUCUUCACAAACCAGGCAGUAAACAAGAGCAGUAUUACACAUUAGAGUCAACAGUAAUCUGUGAGUGUUCAGACUCAGACUCACAGAAAUAUUAUGGAGCGUCUCUUUGCUGCAGGAAAGGAGCUGCAAAAGAAAUUCUGAUUGAUCUGUCAUGUCUUCAACUUUGGCACAAGUAUGUCUCUCACGCUGUCAUGUCGUUUUCUUCUGGAGGUGGUGAUGGUAUAACAUUCCCUGGGUCACUGAGAUGCCAAGCAUAUGUAAGAGAUCGGAAGAGAAAUGUUUAUGAAGAGAAACAGCCAUGUUCAAAUUGUGGACGAAUGUUUAAUCUACAAGAUGCCAACCCAGAUAAAGUAGAGUAUCCCUUUGGUAACUGUGCUGAGACAGAGUGUCUGAGCAAACUGCUUAUUAAUAAUCAAUACAUGCGUGAAAAUGCAGUGAUUAACAAUCACACAGAGGAAAAAUUAGAGGAACUCAGAAGUUCAACAGAGGCACGUUUGAUAAAGCAGCUUGUCAAGGUUGGCAUUGAAGUUAGCGAUAAUAACUUACUCUUUUAUGAUCCAUUCCAAAUGCAAACAGGAGAUUGACCUAAGUGUUUAUCUUCUGUUUUAGUGUUUCCAAUUUCAAUACAUCUAAUAUUACAUGGAAAAAGCAGUCCUGGUAAAUGCCAUCCACCAACGUAAAUUGAUAAAUAACUGCAUCAUCAGUACUGACCGAAACAGUGUGAUCAUGCAGUAAUCUGCUCUUCAUGUUUAUAACACCUGAAUGCCUCAGUAUUGUUCUAUUUCUUGCACUACACUGUAAAAAAUGGCUCCUCAGAUCAACCUAAAAAAAAUGACUUCAUGUAGUAACAAGCAAUUGAACUACUUUUAUUCAACUCAAAAAAUAGUUAAUUUACUGGUUACCACAAGAAGUAAUUUUUUUAAGGUUGAUCUGAUGAGCAGUUUUUACAGUGUACUCUUAAGCACAUGCAUUGUUCAGCAUAGUUUCAUAAACUGCUAGUGUAUUUUUAAAUAGACAGGACCCCUCCGUGGAUAACUCAGAAGAAAAACUCAGCCAGUUUGGAUCACAUUCCAUGUAGUUCCCGAACAAUAAGCCUUAGUAUGUAAUAAGCGUGGGAUUUUAAGGGGUUAACCAUGUAUGUUGUUUUUUCAAGAUGUUGCUUAAAAUACAUCGUUUCAGUUUGUACCAUAAAUAUACUGUAACUGGAGAAUUGGUACUAGCAAUGUAGUUCUAGUCCAGCCUAGACUUUCAUUUGUAACAGGUCACUGUUGAACUAAAAGUACACAGACUAGAUAGUAUUUCUAAAAUCUGGCCACUAUAUCAGUCAGCACAUGCUUUUAUUGUCUUUGGACAGAGAGAGAAAAACAAACAAACAAACAAACAAAAAAAAAAAACACGCACAGAAGUAAAAUAAAAUUAUAUUUUCCUUUAAAAUGUUUCCUUUGGGUCUGUCAAUGACUUACAAAAUGAUUGCAGACUUUUGAUUUGAUUCAUGUACAUUUUGGUUCUCAAAGUUUUUACAGUCUGGUAAUCUCUCAGAGCCCUCACACCCCUCUUGCUCCUUAUACAUACAUACACUCAUAAUUUUGCCAUGAUGCAUAGACUUCUAAAAAUCAACCCAUCUUAAUAUAUAUUUUAUUUUUUCAAUGUUUAUGAUGUGAUGACAACACACCAGAUAUACACUCUCAGAAAAAAAGAUACUAAACUGUAACUGGGGUGGUACAUCAUUUAAGGUGCACAAUUGAGCCUUGAGGGACCAUGAGGGUAUUUUUACAUUGUACCUUGUUGUGUACUUAUACAGUAGCCUACCUUUUGCUGACAGUGUACAACAUUUGUUAAUGUUUACCUUAAAAUGAAUAACACUUAAAAAAUUAAUAAUGUUGGGGGUGUCUCUAUAUUACUGCAUUCUAGGUUUAAGUAAGUCUGGAGUUUCUGUCAGAGCUCAGAGGGGCAGAGGACUGAACCUUCUUCAUUUGUAAUCAUGAAGACUGCAGCAUUAAUAUGAGGGCAAUUAUGUGUGUAUGAGAGAGUCUGUGGCUAUAAAACAAACAGUGAGGAACAAAAUGUUCACUAACAUGAGCUACAAACUACAUCACACUAUCACAGUAACAUCCGCUGCUCAGAAUUUAACAUGUCAACAGCCAAGCACUGUUCACUGAGGCUUCAAACAAGCUUCAACUCACUAAAACCACAAACCGCAUCAGCAAAAGUUUAACUAAGCACACGACUAACAAGCUUCAUACAGACCUUAACAACAGUUAUCAAAGUAUAUUCACUUCAUUCACGCGCAAACAAUAAACUGAAUUAACUCCUUUGUUGGUGGUAAAGCUGUUAGAGCUUGAGUGCUGUUUCUGUCCUUUGUGUAAGGGAAGUACUACUAAUUACUAUGUAAUUAUGUGGCUGUCUGAUUAAAUGAAAUAAAAUGUCCAAAAAUGAAA